UUUCAAUUUUCUUUCGUUUUCACCACGUUCGACCGUCAGUUGUCCAGAGUGAGGUGCAUGCUGAACUGAACACGUUUGUAGUGUAGGAGCUCCGAAGUCAACGAAUUGUACAACACGAGGUGAAGGUACUAUAACUGCAGUGAAUUUUAAACUGCUCUAAAAUCAGCAUGGAUGAGUUGACUGCACAGUUAGCAGGGAGCUUUGGCGUCAGUCAAGACCCCAACCAAACAAGUGCCCCACAUCCUCGAUACUCUCAGUAUAAGAUGAAAUCAACAAAACAGGAUCAAGAAUCGCGAAGAAGCAGGCUUCUAGAAUUUCAGAAAAGUCGCAGAUUUGAUUCCAUGAACCAUGUGAGAAAGUUGACCGAUGGAAACUGGAAUGAUCCAACACAAGAAGAUGAGCAGAAUGAUAAUGAAGAUAUGGAGGUGGAACUUAAAAUGAACAAGCCUGGCAGAUACUACAAAAAUCAGUUGAUGAUGUCAGAGUGGCUUGUAGAAGUACCAGCAGACUUCAGUACAGAGUGGAUUUCUGUCCUCUGUCCUGUGGGAAAACGAUGUCUUGUCGUUGCCUCGAGGAACAAAACUCGAGCUUUCAAUAAAAGUGGGUACUGCAUCAACACUUUUCCUUCUCAUCUGCCUGGUGGCUGUCGACAGAACCCUUGCAAAGGUGGGGCUACGAUAUUGGACUGCCUGUACAGUGAGGCCCAACAGACGUAUUACAUUUUGGAUUUAAUGUGCUGGAAUGGGUGUACAGUGUAUGACUCAGAGACGGAGUUUCGAUUUUACUGGCUCCAUGAAAAGUUGAAGGAGAACAGCACUCUGGCUGACAAAUCAAACACGAAUCGAUUCAAAUUUGUGGCCCUGCCCAGUUUCAGAUGUGAACAGGAAGACAUUGCUGCAGCUGUCUCUGAUGCUACAUUUGAGGUUGAUGGGCUGCUGUUCUUCCACAAGAGAACUCACUACACUUUUGGCUCCACUCCCCUGGUAGUCUGGCUCAAGCCCCACAUGCUGCCGGAAAUCUUGGGAAUCUCUGUACCAGAGAACCAGAUGACUCACAGACCCAGUCACUACACCAACUAUGCUGAUCACUUGAAGAAAGUGGAAAGUGACAGAAUUGCUCGCGAGAAGAAGUUAGAAGAAAGAAGGAACAGUCCCCAGAGAGGUCGUGGAGGUCAUUUUCCCAGGGGCAGGGGCCGCGGGAGAGGCAGAGGUAGAGGUCAACAUCACUCUUCCAGAGGCAUGAACAUGGAAGUGUCAAACACGGAGCCGGUGGAAGGCGCUGUUGGUGCUGAGAUUGACAUUGAGGCGAUAGAGGGGGACGUGACACAGACUAACACACCUGACGUGAUGGCUUCAGAAGAGGCAAAAGCAUAAGGUUGUGUGUCUGGUAUUCUGGGAGUGAUUGUGUUGUGU